AACUGUCACGUGAUUUCCGCUUUCUCGGCCGACAUUAUCACAACAAGGCUAGCCGAGGAAGGGACGAGGGGGAGACGACACUGUAAGAGGAGUGCAAAGAAUUUCAAGCCUUGAUACCUGAAGAAUUUCUGCAAAUUCCUGGACACAGCAAUAGAGCUACAGAUGAUGAAGACAUUUUAGAGGAGGAACACCCAGCCUUUUCCCAGCACAAGGAGUGCCUCAGCUGUUGUGUGGAGGCCAAAAUGGAUAAUAUUUAAGGCCAAUUAUAUUCUGGCCUCAGGUUAGUCCUGAGUUUUGACAGUAAAGGUUCUUGAAAGAGCUGCACUAUCAGUAGUAUGAGCCAUGGACCCUGGAGCAGUUGAUAGUCCUGUAACCCUGGUCAUUAAGGCCCCCAACCAAAAGUAUGAAGACCACACCAUUAACUGCUUCCUGAACUGGACCGUGGAGAGAUUGAAGAGUCACAUCUCUGCUGUGUACCCCAGCAAGCCUCAAUCAAAAGACCAGCAGCUGGUGUACUCAGGAAGGCUCCUUCAAGAUCACCUGCAGCUUGGAGAUGUGCUUAGAAAGCAGGAUGAAUGCCACAUGAUGCAUCUAGUAUGCGUCUCUCACAGUCCCCCAGGCUCGCCCAUGCCUCGGAGUCCUCCCAGCUCUUCUGCUUCAGACUCCAGUAGUUCAGACAGCGUCGGCUCCUCAUUUCCUGCCACCACACCAGAUCGGGACAGUCUGCCAGUCUCUUCCUCCACAUCUGUCCCAGGAGGCUGUGAUGGGUUGAGGCAUCGUGGUGGCUUUCCCCCUUACAAUCCUCCGAGUGCUUCUGGUCACCCUCAGUGGCCAGAUGCAGCCCAGGUCCCUUUCCAAGGUGGCCUCUCUGCCAACAUGCCCCCCCAUCCUUUGUACAUGCCCAUGCAGAUGCUGUGGUGGCAGCAGAUGUAUGCACACCACUACUACAUGCAAUAUCAAGCAGCUGUAGCAGCCUCUCAGCCUCCCAGCACUUCUCCUCCUUCCUCCCCUUCCUCCUCCUCACCCCAUCAGCCUGCCCAGCCAAAUGAAGCUGCUCCACCACCUCCGCUGGGCCAUAACCCAGCCCUAAACGCAAUACCAGAGAACCAGCCAGCCAACCCCAUCCAGAUGAACGCCCAAGGCGGGCCGGUGUUGAACGAUGACGAGCUGAACCGUGAUUGGCUGGACUGGCUGUACACGGUGUCUCGUGCCGGCAUCCUGCUCAGCAUCGUCUACUUCUACUCCUCCUUUAGCCGCUUCGUCAUGGUGGUUGUUGCCAUGUUGUUUGUCUACCUGCAUCAGGCAGGUUGGUUUCCCUUCAGGCCAGAGCAGCCGAACCUCAGAGAAGGUGAAAGGGCUGGCGCUCCUCAGGAUGAAGAUGGGAGACACCAGGACAUACAGGAAAUGGAACGUCUGAUGGAUGAAGGAAUGGAGGAUGAAGACAGUGGUGAAGAAGGUGGUGGAGGCCCAGAGGACCAUGCCCUGGCUCCAGCUGCAGCUAUCCCAGAGCCAAACUUCCUCACCACAGCAUGGUCCUUCAUCAGCACCUUCUUCACCUCGCUCAUCCCCGAGGGACGGCCACACCCGGCCAACUAGGAUGACACUCUGCCUUUCAUGUAACCUCCCCCACCUGCCAGCAGGUAUCGCGCUACAGUUUCCAAGCUUCAUCUUUACUUUUGAAAAUAACCAGUCAACCAAAAAACAUCUUUUCAAACUGAUUUAACCCACACUUCAAAGUAACAGCCAAUCGGAAACGGACAUCCUACCUGCUGCCAACAAUGGAGGCGUAAUCGUAGACGCAGAGUGUCACUGCAGAGAGUACGAGAAUAAACGAACUGAUAUGAAAAGAGAUGUCAUGUUGUUUUAAUGGAGUAAUUGCUUCUGUGGUUAUGGUUUUAUUUUUCUUACAUCAGUAGUGAAUCCAUGGAAAUAUGGUGAUGCUAAGAGUCAUUGGAGGAACUGUCUUUCACUUUGAGCAGUGAUUAGGUGUUGGUUUUAAAACUUUAUUUUAAUAAAAAUGUGACAGUUACAAAAGAUAAAAUCUCCCUAAAAUGAGUGGGAGUCAUGUGUCCUUCAGAAACCAUGAGAAAAGCUCGUCCUCAUAUAAGACGGUUUCAUAUAUGCACAUGGUGUGCACACGGAGAUUGCAGCUCCUGAAGCACAUUGUUUUUCCACUCUGUGUAUUUGAACAUAUCUAUUUACACAUGUAAGUAUAUGCAUCUAAUUCCUAAAUAUAUGCUUUUUGAUUAAAAAAAAUUAUAUUGCAGCACUUUAACUUUUUGAGUGUGUUUUACUUCCAGUUUCACUUUGACGUCCUGCAGGUGGCAGCAUGUACACAGAAUGGCUACUGUCCUGGUGUCAGACAUUAUGAGAAAGAACUGAUUUA